CAGCUCCUCCGUGUGCUGAUUAUACGUAUGAAGAAAGCAAUUCACAAAUAAAUGCUGGGAAUAUCCACAUCAUCCUGCAAGUGAAGAGGCCACUCGGAUUCAAACAUGCAGGAAUAACUCCAAAUACAGCGGUACAACAUGUACAUAAAUAUACUGUUGUAACAAUGGAGUUUAUUACAGAGGAAAGUGAAGACAUAUGCCUAAAUGAUCCAGACCUCUGCAGAAUGGAAGAUGAAGAUACUGAGGAACUAACAGAGCUGACGGAAGUGAAAGAGGAAAGUCAAGAACUGAAUGAAGAGCAGGAGAAACAUCAGUAUCAGAAACCUUGUAAUUUCAUAACUGGAGAGAAACCUUUCAGUGGGUCAAAGACUGAGACAAGUUUUUUUGGAAAAAGAACUUGGAGAACAAGAGCCAAAUAUUCUUUCAAAUGCCCUCAUUGUGGAAAGUGUUUCACAGAAAAAGGAAAUCUUAAGAAACACAUAAGAACUCACUCUGGAGAGAAGCCUUUCACAUGUCAUCAGUGUGGAAAGAGUUUCUCACAUAAAGGAAACCUUAAUGAUCACAUAAGAAUUCACACUGGUGAGAAGCCUUUCACAUGCCUUCAGUGUGGAAAAAGUUUCACACAUAAAAGAAGCCUUUAUGAUCACACACCAGUUCACACUGGAGAGAAGCCUUUUGCCUGCCCACAGUGUGGAAAAAGUUUCACACAGAAAGGACACCUUGGGAACCACAUAAAAAUUCACACUGGAGAGAAGUCUUUUGUCUGCCCACAGUGUGGGAAGAGUUUCACACAGAAAGGACACCUUAAGAGACACAUAAGGAUUCACACUGGAGAGAAGCCUUUCACAUGCCUUCAGUGUGGAAAGAGUUUCACACAUAAAAGUAGCCUCAAUGCCCACACAGCUAUUCACACUGGAGAGAAGCCUUACACAUGCCUUCAGUGUGGAAAGAGUUUCACACAUAAAAGUAGCCUCAAUGACCACACUGUUAUUCACACUGGAGAGAAGUCUUACAUAUGCCCUCAGUGUGGGAAAAGUUCCAAACGUCUAAGUAACUUAAAAAGCCAUAUGAAAAUUCAUUCAGAAAAGAAAGUACACUCUUGUUCAGUGUGGAAAGAGUCUCAGAAAUCAUUUACACUAUCACACUGGACAAAGGCCAGUUAACUGUGAUCAGUCUAGUAAAAAACUUAUUCAUGCAAAUGAGAAACACUAAUUGUGUUGUGCUUGCAAAAAGUGUUUUUCCACAGAUGCCGCAUAUAUUGUAGAUACUGGUGUCUUGUGUGCUAUGGUAAAACUUUUACCAGGGCUAGUGACUUGGUAUUUCCAUAUUGGUUAAAAACCUAAAAAAUAUGUGAAAAUGUUUAACUGCUUUAGAAAUCCUGAUGAUGGUAUGGUUAUGACAGUAAACCUGGUUCCCUGAAUGGAGGGAACAAGACGCGGUGUCAAUUGCUGACACUAUGGGAAGUUCCACACAGGAGUGACGAUCUCUCAAGCCCUUUAUUGAGAGAUGCCGCUUUACGCUCAGCCCACCAUUCAUGUGUCACCGCAAGCACAUAACCCGGAGCACAGCGCCAUUCAUUCAGGAUUUUCAACUGAAGGGAUGAGAGUACAUCUCUUGAACCAGUGAGGAAUCAGUGCUGCCAUGUAUGCUGCAUCUUGUUCCCUCCUUUCAAGGAACCAGGGUUACAGUCUUAACAAUACCGUUCCCUUUCAAUUGAGUCUUUUUGAUGCUGCGUCGCGCCAGCAAUGCCUACUAGCCAGUAGGGUAGUUAAAAGUCAUUGACAGAUUCUUCGCUUCAUAUUGACAAAUAGAAAUGAAAGAGAAAUACAUUCAAAAAUGUAAAGGGUCACAACACCCCCUCUUUCUGCACAGUUGAAUUCUCACCAAUUUUUAAAAAGAAUGCCAGCCAAAGUAGGUGUGAUCAGCAGCAGAGUGAAAGGAGAAGGGGGAUUAAGCACAACAACUGUCUGAUUCAAGUCACUUAGCUUUAACUAUUGCAGUAAACAGCUUCAAAGAUUCUCACAAUAAAUCACAAAUAAAUUAUACACUGUUUUCAAGCUCACAAUUUGUAUCUGUAAUUUAAUAUUUAAAUACAGUUGGUACGGAAAGUAUUCAGACCCCCUUAAAUGUUUCACUCUUUGUUAUAUUGCAGCCAUUUGCUAAAAUCAUUUAUGGCCACUCUGCCAUAAAGCCCUGACUGGUGGAUGGCUGCAGUGAUGGUUGACUUACUACAACUUUCUCCCAUCUCCCGACUGCAUCUCUGGAGCUCAGCCACAGUGAUCUUUGGGUUCUUCUUUACCUCUCUCACCAAGGCUCUUCUCCCCCCGAUAGCUCAGUUUGGCCGGACGGCCAGCUCUAGGAAGGGUUCUGGUCGUCCCAAACGUCUUCCAUUUAAGGAUUAUGGAGGCCACUGUGCUCUUAUGAACCUUAAGGGCAGCAGAAAUGUUUUUGUAACCUUGGCCAGAUCUGUACCUUGCCACAAUUCUGUCUCUGAGCUCUUCAGGCAGUUCCUUUGACCUCAUGAUUCUCAUUUGCUCUUCUUCUUCUGUUGUUGUUUUAUGGCGGUUGGCAAUCCAACUUAAAUGGUGCAUUCCCGCCACCUACUGGAUUGGAGUG